AUGGUGAGCCCUGCUACCGUUGUGCGUGUGGGGGAACUCGCCUGCCAGCGGAACCCGUUUCUCCGUGAGCUCCGCGCACGCAUUGUGUCAUGCGAGCCAGCCCUUGCGAAGAAAGUGGCUGGUGCUAAAAAGAGCGACAAGCACGCAGAGCCGCAGUCCAUCUACGACGUGGUUCUCAGCGACUCUGUGUUGUUCCCGGAGGGCGGUGGACAGCCCUGCGACCAUGGUCUUCUUAUCCGUGGCUGCAGCAGCAACGGCAGCGAGGCGGCGGGGGUGGAGGAGGAGGAGAUACCGGUGCGGAGCGUGCAGCGGCGCGGUGACACCUGCGUCAUUGCGUCACCGCGUCCGCUGCCGGUGGGCGAGGAGGUUCUGGUGCGCGUGGACUGGGCGCGCCGCCUCGACCACAUGCAGCACCACUCCGCGCAGCACCUGCUCUCCGCAGUGCUGGAGAACCCCGCGUAUGGCGGGCUGCCCACCAUGUCGUGGUCGCUAACGCACCCGUACUGCUACAUUGUCCUCCCGACAGGGACAAAGAUCGCGGCAGACGUGAUGGCGCGCAUUGAGGAGGUGUGUAAUGACGCCAUCACACGCGCCGUGCCUGUGCGCUGUGACGUGUACCCUAGCAAGGAGGCGUACCAGCAGGUGUUGAAGGAGGAGCAGGAGAAGGAGGUGGCGGGUGAGAAGGCGCGUGCGUCGCGCGCUAUUCCGGCGGAUGUGAUGGGGCCCAUCCGCAUCAUCAGUCUCGAAGACGGCAUCGACCGCUGCACGUGCUGCGGCACCCACGUGACGAACCUGGCGCAGCUGCAGGUGGUGAAAUUGCUGCACCAAGAGACGAAGGGCGACACGCUGAAGCUCUUUUUUGUUGCCGGUGACCGGGUGCGGCGGUACUUUGGCGAUAUGUACCUCCGUGAGAAGGAGCUGAUGAAGGAGAUGGGCGGCGUGCGGCCGGAGGACUUCGUGGCGGCGGCGGUGAGGAAAGGCAAGGACUUCGUCGACAUGGAGAAGCGGCUGAAGAACCUGACGCUGGAGCUCGUGAAGCUUGAGAGCGAGAAGCUCAUCGCCACGGCUAAAGCCGACGCUUCUGGCAGCGGUGUUGUGGUGUUCCGUCGCGAUGAUGUCGAUGUGGAGUUCUUCAACGCGUUGCGGGAUGCCCUCCGGCAGGCGUGCCCGGACUGCGUCGGUGUCUUUGCGUGGGGCUCCUCUGCAUCACCAGAGGCAGCGAAGAGUGGGCAGUUCAUGAUUGUGGGCCCUGCUGAGCGCGUGGAGGCGGUGGCGCCUACGGUAUGCGCGGCGCUGGAGGGGAGGGGCGGCAUGUCGAAGUUCGGCUACCGUGGCAAGGGCAGUCUUGCCGCGUGGGAGCGGCUCGCGGAGACCCUGCACCGCUGA